AUGGCGAGCUCUCUGCUUGAUCCCGCGGCUCAACAUGCGGCCGACAUUGUUCAGGCUCGUGGUCUGGGUGUACCCGAUCGCAAUGCGCUCAUGGCUGGUGUCUUGAGCCAGCGCAACUCCAAGUCCUCGUUAUUCUCAAAGGACACCAAGGUACCUCACACACCAUCCCCUGCUCAUAACCCAACGCUGACCCCUCGGCUCGAGCAGACCAAGGAGCGCGAUCUUCGAGUCUUUCUCUUUGACUGUGCGAUUGUCUUGCUUACGCCCAAUCCCAACGAGAGGGAAAAGGGAUGGGUCUUGUUCUGUGAGCCUAUUCCCAUCGAACUCCUCACACUUCGCGCCAUACGCACCCCUUCCAACACUCCCCAUGCUCCACAAGCUCGCCGUUCAUGGUUCCUCGACCGUUUACCAGCAGCCCCAAUCUCUCCCCCAGCACGUGCCAAGACUCCUCCACCGUUUGGCUCGAGAACCCAAUCGAUGGCUUCCGUGAACGCUAAUGCUAAUGGCUACAGCAACAGCAACAGCAACGGCAAUGGAGUAGAAGCGAGUGAUUUCUCGUUGGUGUUGUCCACGCUUGGGAGGAAGGAUCCUACUCGUACAUGGCCGAUCACUUUACACGCAUCAGAUGCGAUUGAACAGCGUGCUUGGGCCCAGUCCGUCUCCACUCGACAGGAAGAAAUCAGAGUGCAGGGCAGGGAUGGGUCCAUGAGGGGUUGGGGACUCGCACCUAUCAAGGUUGGAGCGCUGGGGGGAGCUCGUGUGACUUGUUAUGUCGAUUACGACGUGGGCUAUCUCAAAGCUCGCCUGUGGGGGACUCCAGAGGGAUUGUACGAGCACAUUUUGAAUGCACCCAACCAGCAACUUGCCGUUCGCAAGAUUCUCGAUUUGCCUGGUGUAACACAUGUGCUCGUCAUCGACUUUGAUGAGCGACUGAUGAUUGUACUUGUAGCUGAGCAAACUGCGUAUCUGGCUCCGUUCCCUGGCCCAGCCGCAACGCUCGAAGUCUCACGUCUGAAGAAGCUUGGAACUAAUAUCACACACAUCGCCGCUGGUGUGCUAAUUUCACAACCCACUCCAUCGCCCAAUGCUGGAACCUCGCCACCAUCGGCUUUUGUUGAUCCAGAAGCGAAGCGUGAGCGCCGCAAGAGCAACACGCUCAUCAAGCCUCCACAUCGCGGCGCGGUCGCAUCGGGGGCGAGCUCGACCAAAUCUUCUGUGCCUAGUAUGAUUCGCAAGGAGCAGGAUAGGGAGAGUGUGCGUACUGGACCUGUACCUUCGACACCCACUGUGCCUAGUAUUGUUGCACCACCCGCUGCACCUGUAUCUCCUGCUGUUCCUGCUACACCUCCUGCUCCAUCUACGCCCCCUACAUCCACACUUGCUCCCGCCUCCACUCCGCGCGAGAGCCUUUCUCCUACCAAGGGCAAGGAAAAAGAGAAAAAGAGCCGUAGGAUAUCGGAUAUCGGUAUAUUCUCAUUGUGGAAGCGUAAACCCGCCAAAGAUAAACAAGGAACUCGUCGUACAUCAACUGCCGCAUCCGAUAUCGGUCCUUCGACCGCUCAUAGCGCUUCCAAGACUGCGGCGAGCCCAACCAAGUCCAUUCCAGCUGCGACCGCAAAGACCGAGUCGGCUGCGUCUUCCCUGAAGCCCACUCCGUCGGGAUACGACGGUGCGCCGCUGACCAAGACCAAGUCGGCGACUCUACCUGCAGCCAUGCUACGCCUGCCCAGCUUCGAAUUUGACACUCCAAAGGGGGAGGAGCCCAAGGCUAAUGGAAAUGGGAACAUCGAAGCGCACGAACCUACGAAGCGCGCGAGUAUCGACGGCGGUACGGGCGCUGACGAAGUUGGGACUCUGGCCGGCCUUGGUCGCCCUUCUGUUGUCAGCCAGACAAUGCCCUCUCGCACGAGCACGGGAGCAAGCGCGGGUGGACUGGGCCGUAUCGCCCGUAAGCUCACCACCGAAUCGAACAGGAGCGUGGGCUCAAAGUCUAAAGAGGCCACUGGACCGGCGCCUCAAAUCCAGAUUGCGCUCGAUUUCCCGAGCAUUGCUUGGCCGUCGAUGUUGGAUAACGGGACUCCUGGUAAAUCAGACCUGUUUUCGGGAUCGGACUUUUUGGCGGAUGUGCAAAAGGAUAUUGGAGAUUUGAUGGCGGGGACUUUGGGCAAGUCGUUGAGCGAAGAAGCGAGUGCCGACUCGCCCAUCGGAAGGACAAGGAGUCCCGUUCCCGAGGCCAUUAGCGAAGAGCCAGAGGGGACGGUGACGCCCGAGGCGGCCGAGCCAAAGGAAAAUGGACACGCAGAUGUGAAUGGAAAAGUUGAGGAGUUGGCGGAGAACGAGGCCGCUCCCGCUCCGGUUGCGGAGGAGCAUGAUACUCAGGAGACGGCGCCUGCUACGUUGCCGGUACCUCCGUCGGUUCCGAUGCCUUCCCCACGCCCGUCGCAACAGCCUCAGCACACUCGGUUCUUGGUACUUUCCAAGAGCACCACGCUCAGUACGAGUGUGAGGCUCUACACGGUCGGGGGGCUCAAGGUGGAGGACGAUGGCGAUAUUGGAGGUGGUCGCCUAACCUUUUUCAAGGAGUGCUAUGUCCCUUCUCAGACAUUCUCUAUCGAUUUUCUCAAGUCUCGCAUCUGCUUUGGCAGCAACGAUGGCUUUGAGAUCCUGGACCCUUCAACCGGCAAAGUCGACCAAUUCCUCGAUCCAGUUGAAAUGUCCGAUGCCGACGGUCCACUCGGGUUCCUCAUUAACCACUCUCGCCGACCCAAGCCGGGUGCAGUGUUCCGUGUAGAUCAAAAGUUCUUGUGUUGCUAUGAUGACUUUGCGUUCUUUUUGGACAAGUUCGGAAAGCGCACGAGGGAGGAUUGGCUUGUCAAAUGGCUCGGUACUCCUACUAGCUUCUCCGUCCAAUACCCAUAUCUAUUCGCAUUUGAACCCGAAUUUACCGAAAUUAGGCACUGCGCCACUGGCGAGCUUCUCCAGCUCAUUCCACAGUCUGGUUCAAGGCGCCUAACAGCCGGAGACUUCAUCGCUCCUGCUCAAAAGAUGGAAGGAACGCCCCACCGACGGGUCAGCGGAGAAAUUCUUCUCGAGUCCGAGGGCUCACUCUAUGCACUUCGUCCUCUUCAACAAUAG